AUGCGAUCCGACAACGGCCCCCAAUUCAACGCCCAUAGCUUCCAAGCCAAGCUGCGCCAAUGGGGCGUGGUUUGGGGCAAUUCGACGCCAAAUUACCCCCAGGGCAACGGCCACGUGGAGGCGGCGGUUGCCGCCAUGAAAGAUUUAGUGACAAAAAUUCUCCCCCGCGGAGAUCUAACUUCGGACGAAUUUGCCAGCGGUAUGCUGGAAUUCCGCAACACUCCCAGAGAGAACGGCCUAUCUCCGGCGGAAAUGGUUUUCGGCCACCCUCUGCGUUCUAUCAUCCCAGCGCACCGGACAUCAUACGCCACCCAUUGGCAAGCGGUCAUGGAGGGACGCGACCGGCAAGCUGAGCUCGACGCCGCGGUCAAAUUUAAGUACGACGAGCACGCUAGGCCCCUCGCUCCACUACCGCUGGGCACCCAUGUCCGCGUGCGCGAUCCACCCUCAAAACUGUGGGACAAAGUCGGCGUCGUGGUCGGCAUCGGGCGCUAUCGAUCGUAUCGUAUCAAGUUCGAGAGUGGCAGCGUAUUGUGGCGCAAUCAGAGACUGCUUCGGCCGAUGGUAGUGAUUCUGGAUGUCGGCGAGCCGUCGCUGGAGGCGGGCAUGCAAAACACGGACGGAGAGGGCGGAGACGAGAGAAGCAGCGCCAAUCAUCCCACGGCAACCGGAUCGGCAGACGGCGUUCCUGUGCCCAGACCGCUCCCAACCGACACCGGAAGCCAAACCAAGGAGGCGGACGUCCCUAACACGCAGCCACUUCGCCGCAGCCAGCGCGUCCGGAAGCGCACAGUGAUGUUCGAUGUUUAA